AUGCCUCCGAAGCACACACAAUCUAGAAAAGGAAGAAAAAGAAAGGGAAAGGAUAUCGACGAGAUUCACGACGAUCUUAAACCAAAAAAAGCGACCAAAUUAUUAAAUCAGGAGGUCGAUCUCGAUCUGCCCGGAGAAGGACAAUUUUACUGCAUAGAAUGCGUGCGACAUUUUGCUGAUGCACCAACUCUGAGUCUUCAUCAAAAAUCUAAGUUGCAUAAACAACAAUUGCGAAGGUUAAAAGAAGUACCAUAUACUAUAGCAGAAGCUGAGGCGGCGGGUGGUGUUGGUGUUGUGCCUUUUAUAAAGAAUUUGACGCCCGCUGAAGUAACAAGGAUUAACAAAAAUACGAGGACUCAAAAGAUGGACGAAUACUCUACA